UUACCGUGCGCAGUAACUUUCCGACUGCUGAUGCAUCCAUACGUUCAUGUUAACUACCCGUUUCUAACUUGAUUUUUCGUAUCAACUACAACAUUGACGGUGUUCACAUAUUUUUUUCAAACGUCAAUCAAUUUGCAAAGUUAUUUUAAAUAAAUACGUUCUAGCUGAUUCUGAUGGCAAACAUGUUAAUAAGGACUAGACGUUUCAAGUGUUAUAAGACUGCUGUUAUAGUCAGGGUGCUUUUAGUUUUGGGUAUACCCCUAGUUUAUGUUGCGUUAUUUGGCAGUGAUGGUAAUGAAAGCGAAAUCCAAACAUCUGAUUCAGGUUAUGAAGUGGAGUUUUCUUCUCGUAGACUGUUGAGCGUUGUUGACAAGGAUAGGAACUGCACUCCAGCGGCUAUUCUCGAGUUCCCUCCCGAUGGUCUCACUCGCUAUCAGAGGCAACAUGGAUAUAUACUGGUGCACUGCAUUCUGGCGGUAUAUUGUUUCUUCUUGCUGGGUACCGUUUGCGAGCAGUACUUCGUGCCGGCUAUCGAAAUGAUUUGCGAGCGCCUCAACAUAGGUAUGGACAUAGCGGGUGCUACGUUCAUGGCUGCCGCGAGUUCCAGCCCCGAGCUCUUCAUCAACUGUGUUGGGACCUUCGUGACGGAAGGAGACAUAGGAGUCGGCACCGUGGUCGGCUCAGCAGUCUUCAAUGUGCUGGCCGUGCCCGCUUUCUGCGCCCUCAUUGCAGGAAAAGUGGUGCACCUAGACUGGUGGUCGGUCUCCCGCGACUGUGUGAUGUACGCAGUAGCGGUGGUGGCUCUGAUCCUCACACUCCUGGACGAUGCGGUGUACUGGCAUGAAGCUCUCCUCCUGGUGCUUAUGUAUGUUUUAUAUAUACUGGCUAUGGUGUUCAAUGGCUGCUUGGGAAAAUUUUUCAGGAGUGGAUGCUGUAUAUUUAGGCCAACUAAAGCCUACACGGAAAUCACACCACUCCUUGCAAAUGAAAAACACGCAGCUUCAGAUAAUGCAAAGAGUAUUCAGAGUAUCGCAGUUGGAAAAACGGAUGUGCAGAUCAAUGUACCGACCAUACCGAGACGGGACUCCUUCGACUCAGAUACUCUAAGCAACCACUCCAUGUGGUCGUGGCCUGGUGAGAAGGAGUCGUUUUGGAAGAAGGUAUUCUGGGUGUUCUCUUGGCCCAUCAACCUUGUGCUCUGGUUGACCAUCCCUGACUGCCGCCGCAGACCAGCGCUGUACCCUAUCACGUUCAUCAUGUGCGUCACUUGGAUAGGGGGUGUGUCGUAUCUUGUAGCUUGGAUGAUCACCGUGCUAGGUGAUACGCUGAAUGUCCCUGACAGUAUAACUGGGUUGACGAUUCUGGCAGCCGGCACCAGUCUACCUGAAGCCGUGUCUAGCGUGUUGGUGACUGUGCAAGGGCACGGCACAAUGGGACUGAGCAACUCCAUUGGUUCCAAUACGUUCGAUAUACUGCUGUGCUUGGGUCUGCCGUGGCUGAUCAAAUCGCUGGCUUAUCCCACCGUGCCAGGUCAUCAUUGGGUAUCAAUAAAUUCAAGAGGUCUAUCAUACAGCGCGAUUUCUUUACUGUCAACAUUAUUCGCGUUAUACGGCUGCCUGCUACUCAACAAAUUUCAGCUGGACUGGAGAAUUGGUGUGACUUGCAGUCUCAUAUACCUCGGCUAUCUCAUCCUGGCAGCUCUCAUUGAGCUCAACGUCUUCUUCCAGGUCAACUUACCUAUAUGCCCUCACUGAUGGAAUGUGGGAACCCUUCUCAUUUAUGUAUUUUAUGGCCUAGCACAGAGGAGCGCAGCGGAGAGGAUUUUUAUAGCGUACUCGUCAAUUUUUUUUUAGAGUCUUACCGUACGGGCCCCGUACUGCCUACUGAUGCUCUAGCUAGGGUUGCUAGCAUUUUUUGUCAGGUUCAGGCACUCAUACACUUUAUUUAUAUAGUUAAAGUUGAUUUUCAAGUGUCUUAUAAAAAUUCUCUUUGCUGCGCUAGACGUGGACUUGUCUUUUGAUUUUGGGAUUUUAAUUCCUGGAAAUUAUCAAAAUUGUAUCUUGAAAUCCGAGGCUAAUUAGUGUAAGGAAACAUGUACUUAUUUAAUUUUAAGUAAAAUAUUAAGAUAGUAACUCUUAAGCAAUUUAAUAGUGAUUCAGUAUUUUUAUUUUAUUAGGGGAUUAUAACAAGGUCAACGUUUCUCGAAUAUCUUUAUCCGAUAACAGUUAGUUGCGAUAUCAGAACAAAGGAAAGUGAACCAAUUUAUAUCAUUAGAUACAUUAAUAAAAAGUUUAACGUCAUUAUUUUAACAUUCGAAUGUUGGUAAGAAAUGCAAGAAAUUUUUUAAUGCAAAUAAAUAUAUCUAUUCCAUCUCUGACCGCCUUCCCCAGUUAUCUUAUUAUUAUAUGUUUAGAUUUCUAAUUUGGCGAAUGCAAAACUAAAGUCAGUCAUAUCGACGCAAUAGGUAACUACAGCAUUGGUAAAUAUUUUAUCAUCGGUACGUUAUCUCCAUUCAAGGAUAAUCGUCGGUAGGCUACAGUAACAUACCAUAACUAUUUUUAUGAAAACUCUGUAAAAACAUGCAUUAUAUUUUAAUAUUUUCCGGCAUUAACUUCUUUAUAUGCAGUAUUUUAAUGUAGUGUAGUAUUAAAAUAAAAGUUACUCAAUUAAUGUACUUAUACUCGCACAUUUAUGAUCAUCAUUCAUCAUCAGCAUUUCUGCUGCCGCAAUAAACUAUAAGAAUGCAACUUUUAUUGAUUUAUUUAAUAAGUAUUAACAUUAUAGUACAUAUUGUGAACUUGUUAAAACGUACUUACCAUAAGAAAUAUCUUUAGGCUCGGUCGAUAUUAUGAUAUACGGACUGGUUUUAAACUAUUCUAGUUAAAGGGUCUUUAAACUUGUCGCUAACUUGACACCACAUAAAAAUUACCAUGUACUUUCGUGUACUUAAAAAAGGUAAAGAAUUGUUCCUUAAAUAUUUCCGUUAUCCUUUAUAGUUAUACAUUACCACAGUAAUUACACUAAAAUAAAAUUUAGAAAUUGAAUUUUGACACUAGCGAUUAUUUAAAUUCAAUAUUUUAACGAAAAUUAACUGAGAUAGAUUACAGAUACCAUCAGAUUCACCAUUAGAGGAGAAAAAUUUCUACUAACUUACUUUUUAUAAUAUCGUAUAAAUCUUCGUGUCAUAUGCCAAGUCACUUUAUUGUUCACAGUGAAUUUAUUCGAUAGUAACCACACGUAUCAAUCGUCUGUGAAAAUAGUUCUCAACGGCGAAAUAAUAGGCUUUCUCUAUCGAUUGUACGUUUUUAGUCAUUAAGGUUUAUUAGUAAACAAUGAUAGGCUCAUUAUAAAUCACAUGUAAGGCUUAAUUUGAGUGUCGACUAGAAAGGGGAAAGACAUUGUUGUUGAUUAUUAAAUAAAAAUAUUUACCGAUACCUGUUUAA